UCUGCUGCAAUGUCUUUUUUUUUUUUUUGAGCUAGUUAAAUAGUAAAAUAUGAGGAAAAACAUCUGGGGGGAAAACCAAGAUCGGAACGCCUCAUAUAAGCCUCAGUGGUCGCUCUUCUUCUGGACUUGAGUGCAUCAAAAAAUGGCGAGUGGGCUGGUUCAUUCCAGCAGGUGGCUGCUCGGAGAACCUCUCAACCCAGGUACAGACAGUCCUGCACUCUGAUCAGCAUUUAACUUUACAGAAAGCGUCUGGAAGAUGCAUCACAGACAGUAUACAUCUGUGAGCCGCACUGAUGAAAUCCCCAUGAAGACCGAAAAUGGACCCCGACCCAACAAAUACCGCUACGUACGUAAAGAAGGCAGCUCUAACAUCAUGUUCCGCCAUGUUCCUGAGGAGAGGCUGCUGUUUGUGACCGACAUCUUUACCACCUUGGUGGAGAUCAGAUGGAGGGUGAUGUUUCUGAUCUUUGCUCUCUCUUACAUUCUGUCCUGGCUCUUUUUUGGAAUCCUCUUCUGGGUUAUCGCUCUCGCUAAUGGAGACAUCAAGGAUCCCAACACUGAACCCUGCGUGUUUGAAGUCCGCAGCUUCACAGCCGCUUUCCUCUUCUCGCUCGAAACUCAGACCACCAUUGGUUACGGAUUCAGAGGAAUGUCUGAGAACUGCAUGCAUGCCAUCAUCAUCGUCACCAUACAAGACGUCAUGAGCUGCUUCAUUGAUACGUUCGUCAUUGGAAUUGCUGUUGCCAAAAUGGCCUCGGCCAGAAAGAGGGCGCAGACGGUGGGCUUCAGCAACCGUGCUGUCAUCAACCUUCGUAAUGGUUACAUUUAUCUUUCCUGGAGAGUUGGGGACUUCCGCAGGUACCACUUGGUGGAGGGGACAGCUACCGCCCAGAUAGUCCGCAGUACGAUGCACGCCACUGGGAGAGUUGAUGUGACUUAUGAAGACUUGGUCAUCCAGCAGAAGGACAUCAUCCUCGCCACACCAACCACCAUCUAUCACAAGAUUGAACCUGGCAGCCCGCUGUACUCCAUGACUUAUGCUGAUCUGCAGAGAGCAGACUUUGAACUGGUUGUGUCAUUUACCUACACAGAUGACUCCACAGGUAUUCUGCAUCAGACGCGAACCUCUUACACUCCAAACGAGAUCCUCUGGGGUCAGCUGUUCCAGGAGAUGAUCAGAGUCGGCAGGAAGAGCUACAGGGUGGAUUACAACUUGUUCCAUCGCACUGAAAAGAUACACGUCCCCCUGGUUAGCGCUAAGGAGUUCGAAGAGAAGAAGCAACUGCAGCUCACACGACACUCACCUCGACAUUCACCCAGCUCUUCCCCACGGCUCCCUUCACAAUCGCCAUCUCAGGAUCACCGUGAUAAAUAUUUGAAACCCCCGAUGGUAAAGGUGGAACUUGUGAGUGACAGCCAACCUAUACCAAGUGUUGCACCAUCUCAAUCAGACAAUAGUCAGGAUCAAGAAACUCUGACUCAGCCAAAUAAUCAGUCAAGUGAAGAAAAUUGAAAGCAAAGCUGUGAAAUUCUAUUUCAUCAAAGAAUCCUGCAAUGGUGUUCAUGAUGGGACAAAGUUUGAGCUUGUGCAGCUUGAGAAAUUGAUAAAUAGUUUCAAAUAUAGACAGGCUUUUGGAAAUAUCACUUGACUUUACAAAAGUAGGUGACGAUAGCCGGUGUGGUGAUCCAGAUUCUGGAGUUCUAACCUCACAGAA